CUUGACGAGUCAAUAUUUUAGUGAAACUUGUGUAAACAUAGAAAAAAUUCUUUAAUUAAAAUUUUAUUCGUUUAAUAAUUGUUAUCUAAACCACAAGAAAUGAAUGUGAUUUACAUGAUUGUGUGACUUAAACUUACUGAGUUGUUCAACUCGCACGCAAUGGAUCAGUUUCAAAUCUCAGUAUAUACAUCAUUGGGAUGUUGCUUCUUUCUUUCAUGCUUAUAUGUUGCAAGCCUUUACGUAUGGAGUCCAGAAGAAAAUCGCGAUCAUCCAUCAACGAUAAAAAAGCGAUUUUUCAGUGUAUUUAUAGUUAUGCUACUUUCGCCACUAUUUAUCUAUCUCUUUUCGUCUCCUGAUUUACUUAAAAACUAUACAAUCUGGUAUGUGAUGGGAUUAAGAACCGAUGGAUUUCUUUCUGCUCUUAUCUAUCCACUAUUGUUGACUGUCGUGCUGUUUCUCGGCCCAUUGAGUGUUCAACUCACAAAUGGUAUUUGGAAAAUUUAUUCAGAACCAAUGUUUUGGCUAAAUUACUGCCAGAAUCUGUUAUGGCUAAGAAAUCAUGUUGUAGCACCUCUUUCUGAGGAAUUUACUUUUAGAGCAUGUAUGCUUCCAUUAUUACUUCAAAGUUUUACCCCCGUAACUUCUAUCUUCAUUACACCACUGUUCUUUGGUGUAGCCCAUUUGCAUCAUGUUUUUGAGCGAAUAAGAACUGGAAUGGACAAAAAAACAGCUAUAAUAAUCUCAUUUUUCCAGUUCUUCUACACUUCUGUUUUUGGAAUAUACUCGGCAUAUCUAUUUGUCAGGACAGGACAUUUUGUUGCACCAUUUAUAGCACACGCAUUUUGCAAUCACAUGGGAUUUCCUGAUAUACCCGAUCUUUUAGCACAAUCAGAACCGAAGAGGGGAAUUUUUUUAAUUCUCUACAUACUAGGACUUGCUGGAUUUAUUUGCCUCCUUCCCACCAUGACCGAACCAACUUGGUAUCUAAAUAAUCAAUUUUGGUACAAUCACACGAACCCAAAGUUAAAUGUAAGCAUUUAAAUGCAACACAGUCAUCACUUUAUUGAGUAUUAAA